CAUCUCCUCUGCAAUCUCCUCCACCCAAUCCCUAAUCUCUUCUCCCAUAUUUCACAAACAAAACCCAUUUCAAUUUCCAUUUCCAUUUCCAUUUUCCUCUGUCUCUUUUUGUUCUUCAGCCAUGGCCGCCGCAGUCACUGCCGCAGUUUCCUUCCCCUCCGCCACAAAAUCCGCCGCGCCCCUCUCCUCCAGAGCUUCCCUAAUCGCCCCCGAUCGAAUCGCCCUCAAGAAGGUUGCGGUUUUCCAGCAGAAUGGGCGGGGCAGAGGGAUUAUUAGGGCUCAGGUGACGACGGAGGCUCCGGCGAAGGUGGAGAAGGAGUCGAAGAAGCAAGAGGAAGGAGUCGUCGUCAAUAAGUUCAAGCCAAAGAAUCCGUACAUCGGACGCUGCCUUCUCAACACCAAGAUCACCGGCGACGACGCUCCCGGCGAGACCUGGCAUAUGGUCUUCACCACUGAGGGGGAAGUGCCGUACAGAGAAGGGCAAUCGAUUGGGGUAAUUGCAGAUGGAGAGGACAAGAAUGGGAAGCCUCAUAAGCUGAGAUUAUACUCCAUUGCCAGCAGUGCCCUUGGUGACUUUGGAGACUCCAAGACUGUUUCUCUAUGUGUGAAGCGGCUGGUGUACACCAAUGAACAAGGGGAAAUUGUCAAAGGAGUUUGCUCUAACUUUUUAUGUGACCUGAAACCUGGAGCCGAGGUGAAGAUAACAGGACCUGUUGGAAAAGAAAUGCUUCUGCCAAAAGAUCCCAAUGCUACAAUUAUCAUGCUUGCAACUGGAACUGGAAUUGCUCCAUUCAGAUCAUUUUUGUGGAAAAUGUUCUUCGAGAAGCAUGAAGAUUACAAGUUCAAUGGUUUGGCAUGGCUUUUCUUGGGUGUCCCAACAAGUAGCUCACUUCUUUACAAAGAGGAGUUUGAGAAAAUGAAGGAGAAGGCUCCCGAUAACUUCAGGUUGGACUUCGCUGUGAGUCGAGAGCAAACAAACGAGAAGGGCGAGAAAAUGUACAUCCAAACUAGAAUGGCGGAAUAUGCAGAGGAGCUUUGGGAAUUAUUGAAGAAAGACAACACCUAUGUGUACAUGUGUGGACUCAAAGGCAUGGAGAAGGGAAUUGAUGACAUUAUGGUCUCUUUGGCUGCUAGAGAUGGUAUUGAUUGGCUGGAGUACAAGAGGCAGUUGAAGAAAUCUGAGCAAUGGAAUGUGGAAGUCUAUUAAUUUUAUAAAAAUAACUUGUACAUUUUGAUUUCCCCCAAGCAUUAUAUUAUGUAGAUAUAGGUCAUUUCUUUUUUCAAAUUUUCUCCCAUUUUAGAAUUCUAUUGUUAAUUAUGGCCAUAAGAUGAAAAAAAAAAAAAAACCUCUCUCAUUUACGAGAAUCAUGCACUAAAUGAAAUACUUUCACUCCCA